GGGAAAUGCCCAUCAGCUUCGUAUCACAGUGUUCUUCACCGGAAUAUAAAAACCAAUCCAUUUAAAGCUUCAAAUUUCAAGGAUUAAUUAGACCCGAGAUUUACAAACACAAAAACAAGGUUUUUUCUUUCUUUCUUUCUUUUUCUUUUACUAGGGAUUACUUUCUCUCUCUAGAUCUGUGGAAAUGGGUGAAGCAGCUCCUUGCUUGAUGCGUUCAGUUUCACAACCUCUCUUCGCUUCUUGCGAAUACAAAGAGGGUGACCCUCUACGAGCCCUAACCACAUCAAUUUCAUUUGGUCGAUUCAUGACUGAACCAUUAGAUUGGGAAAAAUGGUCUUCGUUUUCUCACAAUCGAACCCUAGAAGAUGUUCAAAAACACUCUAGACCCGGUGCUGUUGCUGAAAAGAAAGCUUUCUUUGAAGCACAUUACAAGAAAAUCGCAUCCAAAAAAGCCACAAAAACAAAAUCACCUCAAAAAGAAAACAGACCUCCUAAUCACUCCCCUCAAACCAACAUCACUCCUCCAAGAUCCGAUACCCUUUCACCCAUUGAUGAACCACAAGAAAGCGAGUCAUCAAAAUCAAUUACUCUUACCACUACUACUCCUCCAGCUUUCUCACAACAUAUCCAUGAACAAGCUAUAGAAAUAGCAUCAUGUAAAGAUGUUUGCUCACCUAUUACUAACCUAGUUCUAGAACAAUUUGGAAAUGUUGAGGAUGACAUGGCAAGUAGCCGCUGCCAGGUGGAAGUGGAACAAGGGAAAGUAUCAAGCGAAAAUAAUUCAUUAGAGAAACAUAAAAAUAAGAGAAACAAAGGUCCUGAAAUUUCUUUGAGUAAGAAGGAAACUUCUAGAAAAACACCAACUCCUCCAAUUCGUCCCAAAAAGGCUGCAAAUGAUGUAACAGAGAAAAAGAGAUCAGUUUUACAAUCUCUUCACAUGUCAAUGAACUUUCCUCCUACUGGAAUUAAAAAUAGGAUCUUAAAAACUAUAAGUAAACCUAAAGAUCGACUUAUUCAGCAACCACUAAACCUAAAGGUGUCUAUCAACGGGGUAAAGAAAGCUUCUCAGGUCCUCCCACCACCAGAAAACAAAAGUGUAUGUACAAAGAAACCAAAAUCUUCUUCUUCUUCUUCUACUGUGCCUUCAUCGUUUAGCUUCAGAAGUGAAGAACGUGCAGCAAAACGUAAAGAGUUCUUUCAGAAGCUAGAAGAAAAGGGCAACAAGAAGGAGACAGAAAAGAUUCAUCUUCAACCUAAACUGAAGACUACGAACGACAAUAAAAAGUUGCGAAGGAGCACUGCUUUGGAAGCAAAAACAUUUGCAAGUGAAACAAAAGUGAUAAGAAGUAGUAACAUUCAGAAGGUCCCUCAAAUGCAACCUUGCUCACCAAAGCUUGGAAGGAAGCCGAUUCCAAGAUUAGUACAUAAGGAUACUCGUUGUGAAUCUCCUUCUUCAAAGCCAAAGAAUUUUAUAGAAAUAAAUAAAAAAAAACUAAGUAGUUCCAUGGCUUUUUUGACAAGCAAGAAGAAGAAUGAUUCAUCAUCAGUCGUCAUGUCAAAGAAACAAUGUUGAAAGUUGUUGUUGAUUGCUUCUUUCAACAUCAUUUUAAGUGCUGUAAUAAUUUUUUUGUAUGCAAGUUAUAAAGUGUAUUAUUAUUCUAUUGAAACAAGUUUCUCUACCUAAUGAAAAAUGUAUGUACCCAAACAAAAUAGCCUCUUCUUUUUGUCCAUUGUAGGACGCCUCAAAUUCUUGCCAAAGAGGAUCAUCCAUGUUUUUAAAUGAGAUGAGAUGAUGUCAAACUAUGAAUAGGCCUUGAUCUAUUACUGGAUAUUCCAAUGAGUCAGGAGGGUAUUCAUAUUCAUAGUCGAAUCUUAGCGCAUCAUAUAAGCUUGGAGGCAACUCUGGAUCAUUAUACUCGCCUACUCCUUUCUUUUGUAUAUCAAGAUUUGUUGUAGAGGAAAGUUGUUGACCUUGAAGCAGAAUAGAAGAUAAAUCAAGAUUGUUAAUGGAAGUUUGAUGAUGAUGAUGAUCAUCUUUCAGGCUCCAUGGAUCUGGAGGUUGGAAAGUUGGCAUAAUGUUAAUGUAGGAGGAGGAGG